AAGGACCUCUGGGUUACUAACUUGAAAUCUACCUCACGUCGUUUCACCGUCAAACGAAGAGAAAAGCAGAAGACUUUUGUUCUCCAAUCUGCGUCCUCCGAGCUCCAACACCAACAACCGAUCCCUCACUCCGACUCCGAUUGCAUCGAUUUCUGAGCCACAGAGAUGAGUGAGGUCUUCGAAGGCUACGAACGUCAGUACUGUGAGCUCUCCGCCAACCUCUCCCGGAAAUGUAACGCCGCCGCUCUUCUUCCUGACCAAGGGCAGAAGCAGCAGAGGUUUUCUGAGAUUAGAGCUGGAUUGGAUGAUGCUGAUGGUUUGAUUCGGAAAAUGGACCUGGAAGCAAGAAGCUUGCAGCCGGGGGCAAAGGCGGUGCUGCUUGCAAAGUUGAGGGAGUACAAAUCUGAUCUCAAUAAGUUGAAGAGGGAGAUCAAAAGAAUCACAUCACCUAAUGCUAAUGAGAUAGCUCGUGAUGAGCUUUUGGAGUCUGGGAUGGCGGAUAUGCACGCGGUUUCUUCUGAUCAAAGAGAGAGAGUGGCAAUGUCAGUUGAGAGAUUAAAUCAGUCAAGUGACAGAAUUACUGAGAGCAGAAGAACCAUAAUGGAGACCGAAGAGCUUGGUGUCUCCAUUCUCCAAGAUUUGCAUCAACAGCGUGAAACUCUCCUACAUUCCCAUAAGAAACUUCACGGGGUAGAUGAUGCCAUCGACAAAAGUAAAAAAGUCUUGACUUCCAUGUCACGGAGGAUGACCAAGCAUAAAUGGAUCGUCGGCUCAGUCAUUGGAGCUCUUGUUGUUGCAAUCCUAUUUGUUAUGUAUUUUAAGCUCUCUCGUUAAUGGACUCCUGAUUACCCUCUACGGUACAGGUCAUACAUCUCCAUUAUUUGUAACUAUGCUUGUUGUCCAGUGAAUUAUGCAUGUGUGAAUCAAAUUCUUACCAUAUUUCCCAUUGAAUAUGCUUGAUUUUCAGCGAA